CGCGAUUCAAUUUUCUGUUUCCACUUAGUCUCAUAUCUCAUAUGCCUGCGAUCUCCCAACUCCCCUCACGGUAGAAGCUUUUUAUCCUUGCUCUGUCCUCCACAAAAACAGAGUUCAAUAAAUAUAAAUACCAGAUGCUAGGUAUAUUAUUUCUUUACGAGUAGUGUCCUGUACAAUUUCUACAACCUUAUAUAGUUGGGAGCUCCCUUUUCCACCCCUUCCGAUCGUUUUUCAUUUUCCCCUCGGUCAUAUAUAUCAUUAUCAUUAAUUCUAGUUGGGGAUAUUACUACUGUGCAAUCAGAAGCAACCAAAUUGAAAUAUACAAUCUCAGUAUUAUCAUCUUCAGAUCACAUGCCAAACCGACCCCUUCAUUCUCGUCUACAUAAUUAUUGGCUUUUCUACACCUGGUCGAUUUCCGCAUGCUUCCUGUACUCCUCAAAAGUACUUGGUCUAUAAACCUUUCUUGUCUCACACAAUUCUACCAGUAACACAAUGGAUCCUGCAUCUUUGAGCUUAUUGCAAUCCGCUGUGCACGAGGAGGAGCUACGAGAUUUGGCAACGGGAGAACCUUCCGGAACCCAAUUAUCCCACCCACAAUCUCCCAGUGCUAAGUCGAAAAAGAGGAAGUCGGUAGAUGGAGGAGAAGCCGCGGUUUCGGAAAAGAAAAAACGUUCCUCAUUCGCAUGCACAAAUUGUAGAAGUCGAAAAGUACGGUGUGAUGUGGAGCGUAGUGAGCGCGUCAAUGACGCUGGAGAAAGACUAUGUAACAACUGCGCAAUUGAUGGAAUACAAUGCUUAGUCCCUGGAAGUAAACGGAGAAGAACCAAACGAGGUGGUAGCGAUAUCGCCGAAGCAGUUCCCCUCCAAGCCUACACGGACGGUAUUGUAUAUCCCCAACAAGGGCCAAAUAAUGAGAUAAGACGGGCAUCUGGGCCCAGCGUCACAUCCCAACCUCAGCAUUCACAUGAGCAUGUGCCUCAUUCAAUCUACCAGUCAGCCCUUCAUCCGAAAGAAGACACCAGUAUUGAUGGGCAACAGCUAGCACAGCUUGCGAAUCGAGCUUCUAUCACCGGCGAUCUGGUUCGCACACGUCUGGCAUCCUCUCCACCUCCUUUAUUGAAGCAUUCACUUCCGGCAUACAUCAACCCCCUCCCUUCGAAAAUGACCUCUGUCGAUAUAGACUAUCUGUGGGCGAAAAGCGCAUUAUUUAUUCCCGAACCUUCAUUACGAAACGCUUUGCUUCAAGCCUUCAUCGAAUACAUUUAUCCAUAUAUGCCACUUCUAGAAUUACACAAAGUUUUACAGAUUAUCAAUGAUGAAGGGAGAUCUGGCACAAUGAGUCUCUUGCUUUUUCAAUCAAUAAUGUUUUCUGGGACGGCCUUUGUGGACAUGGAAAGCUUGAAACGCGCUGGGCAUCGUACGAGGAAAGCAGCGAGGAAAGCGUUCUUCCAGAGGGCCAGAGUUCUGUAUGAUCUAGACUACGAGAACGACAUGCUAAAUGUAGUGCAAUCACUCCUUCUCAUGACGUACUGGUACGAAACACCCGAGGAUCACAAAGACACUUGGCAUUGGAUGGGCAGAGCGAUUGACCAUGCGUAUACGCUUGCAUUGCAUCGGGAUCCGAAGGCAAUGGACGCUGACCAUAACCUAAGAAAACGAGUAUGGUGGUCAUGUUUUAUGAGAGAUCGACUCAUCGCAUUGGGAAUGAGACGUCCGACUAGGGUCAAGGAUGAAGAUUGUGAUGUACCAAUGUUGGUUGAAGGUGAUUUCGAGAUCAAGGCGCUCGAUCCCCGUAUUUCUAUAGUUUCUUCGAAAUGUUCUUUGAUAAGAGAUGUUGAGGCUCAACGAGAGUUGGCUCUCAUGUGUAUCUCAAAAGCUGAAUUGUGUCUAUGUAUCAGCCAAAUUUUGGUGGCGCAGUACUCGGUUCUUGGAAGACAUCAAAGUGCUUCCAGUCAAUCUGAAAAUACUACAUCACAAACUAUGCUGUUUCCCAAGAAGUCGGCGUCGUCAGAAGAGGUCGAGCAAUGCGAUUUGGCACUCGAUUUAUGGAAGAAAAAUCUUCCCCAAGCAUGUGUCUACUCGAAUCAGUUGAGAAAAGGAAACAGUGGGAAACCCUUAUUUGUGGCAUCUUCGUUGUUGCAUAUGAUUUAUUUCACUGCGACCUCUGCCUUGCACAGACCACGAGUUUUACCUGCAGGGCCAAAUCAACCGGAACCACAAACGCUAUUCGCGCUUUCACGUGAGGUGGUGACCAACGCUGCUAUUGGAACUACGAACAUUGUCCACGACAUGCACAAUUAUGAUCUGGAAAGAUACCUUCCUACGACAGGCGUGACUGCUUUACUUCCAGCCAUCAUUAUUCAUUUGUUGUUGGUCAGGUCUCCACAGGAGAAUGAGAGACAGCCUGCUCUAGAAGGUUUCUGUCUAUGUAUGACUGUUCUUGAGAGUUUGCGCGAAAAUUACUCUUCAGCGGAUUACGCUACUCAAUUCUUAGAGGCAGCCGUUCGAAAAGCAGGCAUGGAGGAGAUCAUAGGCCGUGCUAGAGAAGCGGCGAGACGUGAAGAUGCUAAGCGCAAAGCGGUUUUGGAAUAUGAGAGGAAGCGGGCACAGCUCGAACGCGCACAACGGUGUAUCGAUGAAAGGAUUACACCACCAGUCGACACUCAAUUAAAUGGUUUCGAGUCUUUGGGAACUCUUGUUGAUAGUUCAACUGCCAUGUACAAUGGCCACUUCGCUCAUUCGCCUCCAGAUAGUGAUGCUAUACUUGGUGGAAACGGCUCGAAAGUCUCUCACGAUCCAAAUGACUUAUUCGAAUUUGUGGACAUAAACUAUAACGAUGGUGGUGAAUCGGGGGGAUUUUAUGAUAUGGAUUUAUUCAGUAGAGAGAUUCCGGGAUUCGGUAGCAGAAUGCCUAGUCCUCAACCUGGAGAUAAUCUUACGCUGUUUGAUCAGCCUUACAUGGAUGUUCUGGGCAUUUAAGCUCGUUUGAUGGCUUCAGAUGUGGAGCUUUCCUCGUUCGAUUAUCCUCAUAUUUGGUCGGUCGAAGCUAGCAAUCCUAUAAGUAAGAUUUGGCAUAUGGUGUACUGGGAAAUGGUUCGGUCGGGUAGCUAUUGAUGAAACCCGAAAUGGGCAAUUUUGGCGCCAAUUCGCAUGGGAUGGGGAGGUAACUGGCGUUCGGGUCUGAGAUUUUGAGGUAUUAUCGAUGGACACUAGUCUCGUUAUGCAAAAUUUGAGGUUAGACAUGGACGAAGGUCUGAAUCGUGAUGAUAGGCUAAAUUCUUGGGAAUUAUGUCUUGACAUCAAAAAAUGGCGUCGCUUCUUAUAUAUGGUUGGAUUGGGGUGGGCUUGGAUGGUGCUGGAUAAAUGAUUGGAUCUCUGUAUUCAAUUUUUUUGUUUUGAACGUUGGACGAGAUUGAUGGGUCUGUGGUAUAUGGUUUGCGCUCAGGCGGCGACUGAGAAUCUGGGAUAGAUCAUAAUGAAGAGGAAUUGGAGAUAGACAGCCAGUCAACGUUAUGAAUGGGUUUGAGGCGUUGUAUUUUGUGUUACAAGAGUUGCUCAGUUAGCAGGUCUUAUGAAAGAAUGAAUGAAUAGAUUGGAUACCAGCAUACUAUUAUGAUUUUAAUAUUGGAAUGAUGAAUUUUUGUGUCUCGACGUUGUACGAUGAGGAUGAGGUGGAGUUUUGAGAAAUGGGGGAAGUGAAGAGAGAGGGAGAUGCAUUGUAUGUACUCGAGUAUAUAGAUAGAUAGAUAGAUAUACGCACGCUUUAUCCUCGGGUACCCAGGUAUCUGUGCUCAAAAUAUAUUCAUUUGCUCGCUGUGCGGCACGGCACGGUACGUACUCGGCCCCCGGUAACGCUAUCCUCGGUAUUUGCUCGGUAGAGGGUGGUGGGUGCGCUGGGUUUGGUUUGG